AUGUUCAAAGGAAGAGAGCGCAAAGAUGGCUAUGGUAGAGAUGAAACGAUUCCAGGUACAGUUGGGACUCCAGGUAGAGGUGGCAAAGGUGGUAAUGUCACUGGAGGCACAGGUACAGUUGGGAUUCCAGGUAGAGGUGGCAAAGGUGGUAAUGUCACUGGAGGCACAGGUACAGUUGGGACUCCAGGUAGAGGUGGCAAAGGUGGUAAUGUCACUGGAGGCACAGGUACAGUUGGGACUCCAGGUAGAGGUGGCAAAGGUGGUAAUGUCACUGGAGGCACAGGUACAGUUGGGACUCCAGGUAGAGGUGGCAAAGGUGGUAAUGUCACUGGAGGCACAGGUACAGUUGGGACUCCAGGUAGAGGUGGCAAAGGUGGUAAUGUCACUGGAGGCACAGGUACAGUUGGGACUCCAGGUAGAGGUGGCAAAGGUGGUAAUGUCACUGGAGGCACAGGUACAGUUGGGACUCCAGGUAGAGGUGGCAAAGGUGGUAAUGUCACUGGAGGCACAGGUACAGUUGGGACUCCAGGUAGAGGUGGCAAAGGUGGUACUGUCACUGGAGGCACAGGUACAGUUGGGACUCCAGGUAGAGGUGGCAAAGGUGGUACUGUCACUGGAGGCACAGGUACAGUUGGGACUCCAGGUAGAGGUGGCAAAGGUGGACGUGGAGGUCGGAAUAUGGUUGGAGGAAGUGGAGGAGGUGGAGGAGGUUUUUUAUUCAAGAGAUGUCGUGUUGCUAAUGUCAUGUCCAUGCUUGAAAAGGAAACAGCGAUCAUAAAAGCAAAAAAGAAGAAACAGUGA